AUGUCGAAGGAAGUGAGCGAGGAAGGGCAAACUCAUCGGAAAGAUUAUGCUGAUCCGCCACCAGCACCAAUUCUUGACGUGGGUGAACUCAAGCUCUGGUCUUUCUACAGAGCUCUCAUAGCUGAGUUCGUUGCUACACUUCUCUUCCUUUAUGUCUCUGUGGCUACUGUUAUUGGUCACAAGAAAAACGCAGACGCUUGUGAGGGAGUUGGGUUGCUUGGUAUUGCAUGGGCUUUUGGUGGCAUGAUCUUUAUCCUUGUUUACUGCACUGCUGGUAUCUCUGGUGGACAUAUUAACCCAGCAGUCACUUUUGGCCUGUUUUUGGCGAGGAAAGUGUCCCUAUUUAGGGCUGUGGGUUACAUGGUGGCUCAAUGCUUGGGUGCUAUUUGUGGUGUUGGCUUUGUCAAGGCCUUCAUGAGGCCAUACUACAAUUCUCUCGGUGGUGGUGCUAACACAGUAAUGCCUGGGUACAACAAAGGCACAGCUUUGGGUGCUGAGAUCAUCGGCACUUUUGUGCUUGUUUACACUGUUUUCUCUGCAACUGACCCCAAGAGAAGUGCACGUGACUCUCACGUCCCUGUUUUGGCUCCACUUCCAAUCGGGUUUGCUGUGUUCAUGGUCCACUUGGCCACAAUCCCUAUUACUGGUACUGGCAUCAACCCUGCUAGGAGCUUUGGUGCUGCUGUCAUCUACAACAAUGAGAAAGCCUGGGAUGAUCAAUGGAUUUUCUGGGUUGGGCCAUUUGUAGGAGCAUUAGCAGCAGCUGCAUACCACCAGUACAUUUUGAGAGCUGGAGCAAUCAAGGCUUUGGGAUCUUUCCGUAGCAACCCCUCCAACUAA